AUGAUGAAAACAGCAAUUUCAGUUCUUCAGGAGAUGAUGAUAAAGGCUGGAGAGGUUCCUGAAUAUGAAUGUAUAGCACAGUGUGGACCUCAACACCAAGCGACUUUCGAAUAUCGGUGCAAGAGCAGCGGCUUGACGGUGACGGCUCGCGCUCGCUCCAAGAAAGAAGCGAAGCAAGAAGCGGCGAAGCGAAUGCUGGCCGAGAUGUUCGCGCGCGGAGAUCCCGUGCCGCCGCCCUACGCUCGCCCUCCGGAGCCGCCCGGUCUCGCCGACGACCCCGUCGAGCCCGCGCAAACCCGAGCGCUGCCUUCGACCGUGAGCGGCGGCGCGGCGGCGAGCGGAGUCGCGGUGGACGCGCGCAGCUAUGUCGCGCUGCUAAAGGAGCUGUGCGAGCAGUAUCAAGCGGGAUGUCCCGCCUACGACGUGGUCGGCGACGCGGGCCCCCCGCACUGCCGGCUCUUCACGGUGGCCGUGAAGCUAGGGGGCCACGAGCGUCGCGCCGCCGCCUCCACGAAGAAGGCCGCCAAGCAGCUCGCCGCCGAGCACCUCUACAAGUACCUGCGGCUGCAUCUCGCCCGCCUCACCGAAGACUUCGUCGAGGAGGACGCGCUCAAUCGGGCGCACGAGCGGGCCAUGGAGCGCUACGUGGAGGAGAAGGCGUCGACCUUUCGCCCGCCUCUCGACCAGAAGAUCAGUGAAUACCACUUAGGUCUGUUGAGGCACUUAGACGAAGACAAAGUGGCUUCGGGGCGAGAGGCGAUGGCGGCCAUGGCCGAGGACGAGGACCCGGUCAGUGCGCUGCAGACGCUGUGCGCCAAGCUGGGGCUGAACGUGGCGAGCGAGAACGUCGGCGGCCUGAGCGUGGUGCGAGUGAAGCCCUCCGCGCCGGAGGUGGCGGUGGCCGCGGAGGGCCCGAAGGAGGCGCACGCCGCCGCCCUGCGCUACGUGCGUCGCGUCCUCGCCCACCGCCCGGCCGACGACACGCUGAUCGGCCGCAAGGCGACCGGAUCCUUCACAAAUAUGCCCCUAAUCCCUAUAAAGAGUGAUGUUCUCAAUUAA